GCGAAAUUCGACAGGUGGCAAAUAUCAAAUAAGGCGGUUUUUGUUUAAAAAAUCCUUUGCAUCGCUUGAGAUUCCUUGUUUUCAGAAAAUAUUUAUGAUAUGAGUUUGGUGAGAAUUUGUGAAAUAAAGUUGAGAAGUAAUUGGAUCCUACGUCGGUAUCUGUGAAAAGUUUCAUUCUUGAUUCCUUUUAUGCAUGUGCCGCUGCACCUCCAGGCUUUUAACGAUUCGCUGGAAGGCAUUGACUGACAGCUUAAAACUUCCAUCGCGGCAUGGCUUGAGCGAUUAAGUGUCCGAGCGCCCUACCGAGAAAAACAUCUUCAAUCACAUCCACCCAUUCCUUUCCAUCCCUUCCGGAUCAAAAUGUUAGCUGAUUCUGUCUAGGGAAUGCUAGGCUAUCUGCUUCCCACAAGGUCCUUGCUGCUGAUUGUUGGCUGGAUAUUUCAAUAUCGUAUAUCAGGAGGAACGGCUUUGAACGAUUUAGCUGCAGAAGGGCUUUCAACCAAAAACAUAUCGGGCCUAUUAGAUAGCUUGUUGGAAGGUUACGAUUAUCAUUUGAGACCAGGUGUUGGUGCGUGCAAGUUGCCCAAUGAAAUUGGAAAAUUUUCCUAUGGAUGUACAAAGGUGCCCAUUACAAAUUGGGAGCUUUGGGUACUCUGAAAGAGAUAUACAAUACAAAUGGAAUCCAGCCCGAAGUGUUGUGAUAGCCUCUGACAUGAAACUGUCCAUGUUCGAUGUAACCGAUACACCUACUGGAAAUUUAACUGAAAGGCAGAGAAAAGGUCCUUUUUCGGUACUGAUGGUAAGUUUUCACUUGAAGCGACACAUGGGGUAUUUCAUCAUUGAGGUUUAUGCUCCAUGUACGAUGCUUGUUGUACUCUCUUGGGUUGCAUUUUGGAUAAAUAGAGAGGCUACUGCAGAUCGAGUCGCCCUUGGAGUUACAACAGUGCUUACAAUGACUUUCCUUGGCCUGGAAUGUAGAAAUAAUCUGCCCAAAGUUCCGUACUGCACUGCCUUGGACUAUUAUGUGGCCAUCAGUUUUGGGUUUAUAUUCGCUACUAUAAUUCAAUUUGCCAUCGUUCAUCAUUUCACGAAGGUCGGAAGUGGAGAAUAUUACUUCCCACCCACGCCAUCAGACUCGGAAGAAGAAGAAGAAGAAAUGACGACAAGCCUCAAACCUGGCGUAACUUUUAACUCAACCCAAUUAAAUAAGAUAUCAAUAUUCUGUACGGAAGAAGCGACACAGACGGUAGACGCUUCGGAGACCACUCCAACUGCAGCACAACAAUCUUCCUCUUCCGAUGUGGUCUCUACCGAUGUUACUGUUGAUUUUGGGAGGACUGGCCUACCACGAAAUGGAAGAUUGGCAAGCAUGAGGCAAAAGCGCAGUUUGCAUGAUAGAAGAAAGUCAUACCUUAAUCGAAGGGGAUCAAUGCCACAUUUCCAGUUGAACAGUGUCAGUAAAGUGGACAAAGCUUCCCGAGUUAUAUUCCCAGUGAUCUUUUUAUUCAUCAAUCUAAUUUAUUGGUUCACAUAUUUAAGCGGUGGGAGUUAACCAGAUAACUUUUGCUCAUACGUUGAAGAAAUAUUUUUUUGACUGAAUAUUGCUCGACACCGAUAGAUCUGUUUGUUGUUUUUGUUGUCAUCAUUUUAUUUGAGUACGAAAUAUGUGAUCAAUAUAAGGUUUUUUAUGAAUUAAAACGUGAGUCAGUUUGUGUAAACACUCUCUGAAAAACUUAUAUUUUUUCGGAGAAAUUCUGGUACUGCUUGAGUUUUUAUAACUUUCAUAAAAGCACAGAAAUAAGGUUAAGCCUAAAACAUUUGAAGUAAAGAAAAGUGA